GAUCUCUAUAUUUCUCUCUCUAGAACUGUCGGUGUCGGUGGAGUGAGAGAGAGUAGUUCACAGCUGCUGUAUGAUACGUCGCUUUCGUCCCUUGUAAGCCAAUUUUCUUAGUAUUUAUUCUACAGCUAUGCAGAUAGAGAGAGAAAUUGUAGAGAGAGACACACGAAUUAUUGAGACAUAUAUGAUAUAACUCUCGACCAACAUUCACAUCGAGAAAGAGAUCGAGAGAGAAAGAGAGCUUUGCUCUCGCUCGUCUUCUGCUUCACUAAAAUUGAUUCACUCUCUCUCUCUUUACCUCUGCAACAUUGGCUGGAAUUCAAAUUGAUCUUGAUCGACUGAGCUUCACAUUCAGACGAAUUCAAUCGAUUCCGAGUCCGAAGACAUUGUGUUGUUUGACGAUUUGAGAAUUGCGAGAAAGAUAAUCAGAUCCUGAGAUCUGGAAGACUAUAAAAAGGAGAUUGUGCUGCUUUCUAUGCAUGUGGAGAAGUGUGAAGCUUUAGGCAUGUUAAUUGGCUUUACGACGGAAUCCUAAUUGCUGGCCAUUAUACGCAAUUGAGCAAAAAGAAGCUGGUGACAAUGGAAUCAGAAGGAGAAACUGGGGGGAAGUCCUUGAAGAGCCUGGGUGGUCAGGUCUGCCAGAUCUGUGGUGAUAAUGUUGGCACAACUGUGGCUGGUGAACCAUUCAUUGCUUGCGAUGUCUGUGCAUUUCCCGUUUGUAGGCCUUGCUAUGAGUAUGAGAGGAAGGAUGGAAAUCAUUCUUGCCCACAAUGCAAAACCAAAUACAAGAGACAUAAAGGAAGCCCUCCUAUUGGUGGCGACAGAGAGGAGGAUGGUGAUGCUGAUGAUGGUGCCAGUGAUUUUCAUUACACUUCAGAGACUCAAAAUCAGAAGCAGAAGGUUGCAGAGCGCAUGUUGAGCUGGCAGAUGACAUAUGGACGAGGGGAGGACGUUGGGGCUCCAAACUAUGAUAAAGAGGUUUCUCGCAACCACUUUCCAUUGCUCACUAAUGGACAAGAGGUUUCUGGAGAGUUGUCUUCAGCAUCCCCUGAAAGGCUUUCUAUGGCAUCUCCCGGACCUGGUGGUGGCGGGAAGCGCAUACAUCCACUUCCUUAUGUGUCAGAUGUGAAUCAAUCACCUAAUAUUAGGGUUGUGGAUCCAGUAAGGGAGUUUGGAUCCCCAGGAUUGGGCAAUGUAGCCUGGAAAGAGAGAGUUGAUGGCUGGAAGCAGGAGAAGAAUGUUGUUCCAAUGGCCACUAGCCAUGCUGCUUCUGAAGGCAGGGGAGGUGGAGAUAUUGACGCCAGUACCGAUGUGCUGGUGGAUGACUCUUUACUAAAUGAUGAAGCUCGGCAGCCUCUCUCAAGGAAGGUUUCUGUUCCGUCCUCCAGGAUAAACCCUUACAGGAUGGUUAUUGUCCUGCGGCUCAUUAUUCUCUCUAUUUUCUUGCACUACCGGCUUACAAAUCCUGUGCCCAAUGCUUAUGUUUUGUGGUUGAUAUCUGUGAUAUGUGAGAUUUGGUUUGCAAUAUCUUGGAUAUUGGAUCAGUUCCCUAAAUGGCUUCCAGUAAACCGUGAAACAUAUCUUGACAGGCUAGCGCUUAGAUAUGACCGAGAAGGAGAGCCAUCACAAUUAGCAGCUGUUGACAUUUUUGUCAGUACUGUUGACCCCUUAAAGGAGCCCCCUCUUGUUACUGCCAAUACUGUAUUAUCCAUUCUUGCAGUUGAUUAUCCAGUUGACAAGGUCUCAUGCUACGUCUCCGAUGAUGGAUCCGCUAUGUUGACAUUUGAAGCUCUCUCGGAAACAUCAGAAUUUGCAAGAAAAUGGGUUCCUUUCUGCAAGAAGUUUAGCAUUGAGCCACGGGCACCAGAAUGGUACUUCGCGCAGAAAAUUGACUACUUGAAAGAUAAAGUUCAACCCUCAUUUGUCAAAGAACGUAGGGCUAUGAAGAGAGAGUAUGAAGAAUUUAAAAUUCGAAUCAAUGGACUUGUCGCAAAGGCUCAGAAAAUUCCUGAAGAAGGAUGGAUCAUGCAAGAUGGUACACCAUGGCCUGGAAACAACACCAGGGAUCAUCCAGGAAUGAUCCAGGUUUUCUUAGGCCAAAGUGGAGGACUUGACAGUGACGGUAAUGAGUUGCCACGGUUGGUCUACGUUUCUCGUGAGAAGCGUCCUGGCUUCCAGCAUCACAAGAAAGCCGGUGCUAUGAAUGCGCUUGUUCGAGUAUCGGCAGUCCUUACUAAUGGACCAUUCAUGUUGAAUCUUGAUUGUGAUCAUUACAUAAACAACAGCAAGGCAUUGAGAGAAGCUAUGUGUUUUAUGAUGGAUCCAAACCUUGGAAAAUAUGUGUGUUAUGUGCAGUUUCCACAGAGAUUUGAUGGCAUUGAUAGGAAUGAUCGAUAUGCCAACCGUAAUACAGUUUUCUUUGAUAUUAACUUGAGAGGUCUGGAUGGCAUUCAAGGCCCUGUUUACGUGGGAACUGGAUGUGUCUUCAAUAGAACAGCUUUAUAUGGUUAUGAGCCUCCUCACAAGCCUAAGAAUAAAAAACCAGGGUUGUUCUCAUCCUUCUGUGGUGGAUCGCGGAAGAAAAGUUCUAAAUCAAGUAAGAAGGGCUCGGACAAAAAGAAAUCUAGCAAGCAUGUAGAUCCCACUGUGCCAAUUUUCAGUCUUGAGGAUAUAGAGGAGGGGGUUGAAGGUGCUGGGUUUGAUGAUGAGAAGUCGUUACUCAUGUCACAAAUGAGCCUCGAGAAAAGAUUUGGCCAGUCUGCUGUUUUUGUUGCAUCCACACUUAUGGAGAACGGUGGUGUUCCUCAGUCAGCAACUCCAGAGACUCUUCUCAAAGAGGCUAUUCAUGUUAUCAGUUGUGGGUACGAGGAUAAAUCAGAAUGGGGAAGUGAGAUAGGAUGGAUUUAUGGUUCUGUCACAGAAGAUAUUCUUACAGGAUUCAAGAUGCAUGCACGUGGUUGGCGAUCGAUUUACUGCAUGCCCCAGCGUCCAGCCUUUAAAGGGUCUGCUCCUAUUAAUCUUUCAGAUCGUUUGAACCAAGUGCUUCGAUGGGCUUUGGGGUCUGUCGAAAUUCUUCUCAGCCGACAUUGUCCUAUUUGGUAUGGAUAUGGCGGAAGGCUUAAAUGGCUUGAGAGAUUUGCAUAUAUAAACACAACCAUUUACCCAAUCACUGCCAUUCCUCUUCUUAUGUAUUGUACUUUGCCGGCUGUCUGUCUACUUACUGGAAAGUUCAUUAUUCCACAGAUUAGUAACUUUGCGAGUAUCUGGUUUAUAUCCCUCUUUCUUUCCAUCUUUGCAACCGGUAUAUUGGAAAUGAGGUGGAGCGGUGUUGGAAUAGAUGAAUGGUGGAGGAAUGAACAGUUUUGGGUUAUUGGUGGAGUUUCAGCCCAUCUAUUUGCUGUUUUUCAAGGUCUGCUCAAAGUUCUUGCUGGGAUUGACACCAACUUCACUGUCACCUCCAAGGCAUCGGAUGAAGAUGGGGAUUUUGCCGAACUCUACCUGUUUAAAUGGACAACGCUUCUGAUACCGCCCACAACCCUUCUCAUAAUAAACUUGGUGGGUGUUGUUGCAGGCAUCUCAUAUGCCAUCAACAGUGGUUACCAGUCUUGGGGUCCACUCUUCGGCAAGCUAUUCUUUGCCUUUUGGGUGAUUGUUCAUCUCUAUCCCUUCCUCAAGGGGCUGAUGGGGCGCCAGAACCGAACCCCCACCAUUGUUGUCGUCUGGUCAAUUCUCCUUGCUUCCAUUUUCUCUUUGCUGUGGGUGCGGAUCGAUCCCUUCACCACUAGGGUAACUGGUCCAGAUGUUGAGCAAUGUGGAAUUAACUGUUAAGACAGAAAAGAACUGAACAUCUGAGAACAGUCACUGUUUCUCCUGACAGAACAAAAGCUUGCGAUGUUGGAGCCACGUAACCAUUCUGUCACGUUUGUGCCGUACCCAUCUGGCUCUGAGCAUGUCUAUGUGAAGCUCACAAUUGUGCAGUAGACAGAAAUGGCUAAAAUCAUCUUGCUGUUCGAGGAGUGAUUAUAACAUUAUCCGUCAAACGUCCUGUUUUUGUCCAAGUUUAAGAGGAGCUGGGUGGGAAAUUUGUUUUUUGGAUUUUUUUUUUUUUUUUUUGAAUGUUUUACAUUUUUUACCUUCACUAUGCUGGAAACAUAGGCUGGAACAAUUGUCCUUUUUUUCUUUGUUAUACAAUUUAAAGGUCUUAUUUAUUCAAGUGAAAUUUUUCUA